UUUUUGGUCCAUGGUCCAUGCAAUAAUGAUUGUUGUAGGAGGCAUUUUUAAGCCCAUAUCAUAUUUGAUGGCAAAUUAUAACAUGGACUAGGGUUUAUUUUGUAUUUUAGACCUUCGUUCAAAAUAACUUUCAAAUUUUGUAUAUGUCGCUAGAAGUUAACAGUUUUUAUACUUGUAGCAAUCAUAUUAUAUGUCAGUAAUUAAAGUUAUUUGUUUACAUGUACAGAAUUAUUAACUGUGUACAGAAUGUGUUAAUUGAAGGUAUAAAAUUUUUGUAUUAGGGUUCACAAUGCAAUGUGAACUCUGGUUCAUGGUAUAACAAUUGAUACUCAGGAUAGGUAGCGCCCAAUGGCCAUCGUAUACUUGCAUGGUUCCCCAGAUUUGCCGACGCCAUCGAGUUCCCUGCACGAUCGAUCUCUUCAACUACCUCCAUCUAGUGAAGGCUAUGGGGAAGAUUAACUAUGUCAACGGUUUUGUCAUUAUCUAGUGUCGCAAGGUGAUUCGGAAAAUUUCUAACCUACCUGACAACAAUUGCAAGUGUAGGUGGAAAUUUCUUUGGGUUUGCUUGAGUGGUCUUCUCAUAUGCGCAAGUGCGUGCCACCACUUGAGACUCUGGAGAUUUGCACUACUGUCUAGAGGAUUUCAUCCAAGUUCUGUUCUUGGGAGGUUUAUCACUCUCUAGAGUUCUUGGUAGCAGCUCGACUUCUUCCUCUGGCUUACGAGGCCUCUGAUCAGACUAUCACAGGUGGUGGGUCGGUCGGUCGGACGAAGUAAUGCGAUUUGUCCUCUUUUAAUUUGUAACUCUUUUGCUUGUUUUCUGUGCAGGUCACUCAGUGAUGGGGUUUGGUAGUGAUCUUGAGAAGUUGAAGAGCACCGCUUCCGGGGAUCAGCACACUAUCGGCCGGCUACCGGCUACCUGUUGGCCCUCCGUUUGGUUCUUCCACUACUCCAGGCCAGACCAAAACGAUCGAGAAACGUCCUAUAGAGGCGGUUGAGGUCGAGACAUUUGGGGAUGCGCCUGUGAUUGACCCCAAGAGAGCCCGGUUGGCUAGGGGGAAUCCCAACUUGCCCAAACACUUACUCGCGGUACAAUAAGCCUACCAGAGAUGUUUAAUUUGUUAUUCCAGCUGAGUCCUCCAGCCGCAUGCCUUGUUAAUGAGACGAUCGACUACGUGGGGACGCAGUUCGCCCAUCACUUGUCCCAAGUACUUGCUGUGGCUGCCAACACAGGCGCUGAGGCUGAGUUAUUCGUUUGGGCUCGACUUGAUGCUAUGGAGUGUGGGGGAGAGUUGAGAAAGCUUAAGGAAAAGGUGAGGGACCUAGAGGCUCAGGUGGAGUCUCUGAAGCAGUAUCCAGGUUCCGAAUGCUGCUGCUCACUACGCUUCUCGACCAGCCGACCUACCCGAUUUGCUCUCAACGCUAUGCCCAUCUGAGGAUGCUGCUCUCCCCUUGUUCUAUACGUUGCGACAGGAUCCUGUGGGUCUGAUGAUGCUUCGUAGGGUGACCGCCUGGGGUUAUCAUCGAGGGAAGCAUGUCAUGCAGAAGUCUUUGUACCAGACUCUUGAAGAUGUUCUUCCGGAGGAUUGGGAACAGGUUCGUGCAGUGUUACCUGCAGAAAUAUCGCCACCUGUUCCAGAGCUAUUCAGUGAUCCCCCUACAGGUCCAAUCGGCACGUUUACUACUUCAAGAAAUCAAGAUCCUUGAUGUUUUGCAUUCUCUUAGUUGUUUACUGUUUGCUUAGACUUUGACCCAUGUGCUCGGGAGGAUGACCCAAUUCUUGUGUCGGUUAGACUAUUUUAUUUUGUUUAAGUAUUCUUCGUUUCUUUGCUUCAUGUUGUUUACAUGUAACUUCCUGUUCAUGCUUUGGUUUGACUGACCGGGUGUCCACUUUGGUCACGUGAAACCUAUCCUACAAAUACACAACAACUAGAUUGCAAAGAAA